CCAGCUUGUGCAGAGGCCACCCCGCAGAGAUGUCCCCGCUCGUGCCAUCGCCCAGCUCUGCUGCCGCCUGCGUUGGCCUCCUGCUCGGCUGCGCCUGCCUUGGCUCUGCCGACCAAGUCUCCCCAAUGCGUGGUAAAGGGCGAGUCUUGAUCCCCCUCACUGCCCAAGAAGAAACCGCGUGCCCCAGCGCUUCCGUGGAAGGUUUCCUCAACAGCACCCUCACCACCCGCCUCCUGCCUGCCCUCUACUCUGUGAUCCUGCUCGUGGGGCUGCCAGCCAACGCUCUGGCCUGCUGGGUCCUGGUGACCAACUUCAGGAGAUGUUCCAGCACCCUCUUCCUGCUCAACCUGGCGAGUGCCGACCUGCUCUUUGCCCUCCUGCUGCCCUUCAAGAUCUCCUACCACCUCCUGGGCAAUCACUGGCUCUUUGGGGACUACCUGUGUCGCACUAUGAUGGCCUUCUUCUAUGGGAACAUGUACAGCUCCAUCCUUUUCCUCACCUGCAUUGGCCUGGAGCGCUACAUCUCUGUUAUGCACCCAUUCCUAUGGAAGGGCUCCAGUCAGACGUGGGUCAAGGUGGGCGUCUGUGUGGGCAUCUGGCUGGUGGUGGGGCUGGGCAUGACCCCUCUGCUUUUGUGCCCCCAGACAAGUCAUAUCUCGAGCCUGAACAUCACAACGUGCCAUGAUGUCCUAGGAAAGGAUAAGCACACGUUCCUCGUCUACUAUUUCCUCUGCCUAGUGGGACUGGGCUUUGGCUUGCCCUUUGUGAUCAUGACCAUCUCCUACAGCUGCAUCCUAGUGCAGCUGCUGGCCAAGGAGAGACGCUAUGGGCAAGUGGUGCAUGUCCUGGCCGUGGUCCUCCUGGUCUUCAUCCUCUGCUUCACCCCCAGCAACGUGCUGCUCUUCAUCCACUAUAUGCUGGAGGCCAAGGGGUGCCACAACGUCACCUAUAUCUGGUACACUGUGGCCCUGGUGCUCAGUGCCUUCAACAACUGCUUUGAUCCCUUCGUCUAUUUUUAUGUCUCCCGGGAUUUCCGGAGCUGGGUGCGGGAUGCAGGCGGCUGCUGCCCAAGGGAGCUCGACACCUCCUCGGGAAGGGCCUCGGAGAAGGCAGCCUUGCCCCUGCGGUCCAAGGAGCAGAGCCAGCUGUAGGCAGGGCUUGGGGUGCUGCGCUGUGUCCCCCUACCCCGGGGGGGGGACAUCCUGCAGUGCGGUGCCACCACAAAGAGCUGCGGCAUCCCAGGCUGGCAUCAACCCUGGGCAGAAGAUACCACCCUGGAUCUGAGCUUCAAUAGGACUUCACCCCAGUUUUGUAGUUCCUUUGCCACCACCAGUGCUGCCCCCAUCCCGUGGGCACCCCCCGGCUGGGUGUCUAACCCUGGCACCCUUAUUUCCCCAUCUAAUGGACCCUGACGUCCCUCGCCACUCCUCCUGCAGUGACCAAACCCUCCAGAGUACAAAUAAACCUUUAUUUCUCCCUGCUGCUGGAAGGAAGAGGUACAAACA